AUGUCUUCAAUCAAGGCACUCUUGGCACUGAACACUUCCCCCGCAUCUUCUCACAAGAAACGAGCCGCCGUGGCCACAGUGGCCUUGCCGUUUUUCUCCUCGCCAAGGCCGACCUUCGUUUCGGCACCCGGUGCGAGCUUCCCGUCCCCACUGGGGCUGAAGACCAUCGACUCCCCCGUGGCGCGCGAGGUUAAAUGGAAAUGGGUCGAGCCGACGGUGCCAGAGGAGCUCGUCGACCAGGCCAAGGAUGAGGGCUUCCGGCAACUCGGCGAAGACAAAGCAUUUGUGUGCCCACGCUCUUCAACCAAGGUGCUUGCGGUAAGCUCUCACGAGGGAUCGAAGUAG